GGCAAAGUUAAACGUGAAAAUUUUUCUCAUCAUUCCGAACAGAGAGAAAAAAAAACAGGAAAGAAAAACGCCAGAAAACGAUAGAAAAAUUUAUUUUAAACGAAUAGAUGACUGAAAAUCUAAAGGAUUUUUGUGUGUAACAUUUAAAAAAAUUUAAAAUAUUUUAAAACAAGAAAAUAAUUUGAAAAAAUUGUCACACCAAUACCUGGGGGCAGAGAGAGAAAAAAAUUCCAAACCAAAAAUUGUUAUGAAAAAAAAUUUCUGUGAAAAAGUGAAGAAAAAUGAAGUGAAAGAAAUAAUUUUCCCAAGAAAAUAUAUCUAAAAAAUCCAUUUGAAACCCAAAAAAAAAAGAAAAUCUCCUCAGAAAAAAAAAACUGUUGAAUAUUUAGCAUUGAAUAUUUAUGCUCUUGAGGGUGUGAGAAGAGUAAAAGUGUCCGUGUGUGUGUGUGUCCAUUGUGUAGUGAGUGUCUAAAAUCCUAUCUCUACUCCCCAGCCCCUUGCCCCCUCCUUUGGCACAUCAAGGAUCAGUGAUAAUUAUAGCGAAAAAGAAAAUUAAGUGAAAAAAAAACCUAACGUUCAAAGGCCAUUGUUGGCAUUAUCAACGUAAACGUCAUCCACACCGCACCAUCCUUCAAUUGACAGUCAGCCACCCACCAGACAGCCAGUCAAUUGUUGUAUUCCAAGGAAAUUUUGCUCAGAAGGAACCUCAACUUGAUUGGAUUUCAAAGGCUUUGGCAAACACCGUGGAUAAACAUGAAACCUUCGGAGCUGUUAAGCGUUUUGGAAAGGGUCAAAUUCAAAGUUCCCUUGCCACCCGGGGUGUCGACAUCAACACUGCUGCCAAAAUUAAUACGCACCAAAGAUGUUAAACAAUUGCAGGACGGCACAACACAACCUUCAAAGCCAAAGCUAACGAAAUGCCUAAACACUCUGGAUCUCACAUCAUUGGGCAUCGGUUCCUGUUGCGGCACCGGCAUGUAUUUAGUUGCCGGCAUGGUGGCCAAGAAUAUAGCUGGUCCUGGUGUGGUAAUUAGUUUUGUUAUUGCUGCAAUAGCUAGUAUAUUUUCAGGCGCCUGUUAUGCGGAAUUCGGUGUACGAGUACCGCAUACGUCCGGUUCGGCGUAUAUGUAUUCAUAUGUUGCUGUUGGUGAAUUUGUUGCAUUUGUUAUUGGUUGGAAUAUGAUAUUGGAAUAUUUAAUAGGAACAAGUGCCUGUGCAUGUGCGUUAAGCUCCAGUUUUGAUUCACUUACUGGUGGUGCAAUAUCAAGCACAAUUAGUGAUACAGUGGGUACCAUAUUUGGUAAACCACCGGAUUUUAUAGCCUUUGGCAUAACGCUCAUGAUGACUGUGGUAUUAGCGUUGGGCGCCAGUAAAUCCGUGAUAUUCAAUCAUACUUUAAAUGCCAUUAAUUUGGCCACCUGGGUAUUUGUUAUGACCGCCGGGUUUUUCUAUGUGGAUUCCAGUACAUGGACAGAGCAUCAGGGCUUUCUGCCCUAUGGCUGGAGUGGGGUAUUUUCCGGUGCUGCCACCUGUUUUUAUGCAUUUAUUGGCUUUGACAUAAUAGCCACAACGGGCGAGGAGGCCCAUAAUCCACAAAAAAGUAUUCCAAAAGCAAUAUUGGGUUCAUUGGUCGUCGUCUUGCUGGCCUAUGUCACCGUCAGUUUGGUAUUGACACUGGUGGUGCCCUACGAUCACAUCAAUACGGGUGCAGCUUUGGUGCAAAUGUGGACAUAUGUCAAUGCGCCCAAGUGUAGGGCAAUUGUGGCAAUUGGUGCCACAGCGGGUCUUUCGGUGGCCAUGUUUGGUUCCAUGUUUCCCAUGCCCCGUGUUAUUUAUGCCAUGGCCCAGGAUGGUUUGAUAUUUAGACAACUCUCACAGCUGUGGCAACGUACAAAUGUACCAGGUUUGGCAACAAUUGGUAGCGGUAUUGCAGCUGCCCUCGUGGCACUCUCUGUACGCUUGGAAAUUCUCGUCGAAAUGAUGUCCAUUGGUACCCUUCUAGCCUACACUUUGGUAUCGACUUGUGUUUUAAUAUUACGCUAUCAGCCACAUAGUACAUCGCUCAUCGAGCUGCUUCCAGCACAAUUACGUACACCCAUUGCCGCCGGGGCGUCGGGGGAUCCCCGAGCCACUACCGCUGAAGUUAUGGAAUCAAAUAAGCUAACAAUAAAACGUGUAACCCGCGGCAUGUCCGAUUCGGAUGAUUCAUUCAUUGAUGAAAGUCCCGAUGGCUAUAUGGGUCGUGAUGAUCAAUUUUUGGUAUCCGAUCGUUCAGAGAAUAAAUUCUAUGGUGCUGUCCAUGGAGCACCCACCGGACCAACGGGUCAGGCCAAUGCCUUCGAUACAAUGGGUCUGAAUUUUGUCUCACGCAAAAUUCAUGAAUAUUCGUACCUGUGUCCUGGAUUUUUCCCCUGGAUCAAUCCGGGUCAAGCCACCUCGGAAAGUGGCAUGUAUGUGACCAAGCUUGUUGGCAUCAUGUUCGGUCUCAUAUUCUUCUUGGAUCUGUUUGCGGCCAUUGGCUGGUCCGGUGGCUUCGCAGCAUUCAUUUAUUUCAUUUUAAUUAUCGGCAUAUUUGUGAUAUUAUUAAUUAUCUCAAGACAACCACAAAAUAGAUAUGCACUUGCGUUCCUCACCCCUGGACUUCCAUUUAUUCCGGCAAUCGCCGUUGCCGUCAAUAUUUAUUUAAUAUUUAAGUUAAGCAUCUUAACCUUAGUUAGAUUUACCAUUUGGAUGACCUUGGGUCUAGUGGUGUAUUUCUACUAUGGCAUUACGCACAGUAGUCUGGAACAAACUACCGAUGAAAUGGAGCUACGAGUGGAUAAAGAUUAUAGUAAAAAUGCCAAUGUGGAGGAGAAAGCAGUCUGGGAUCAACCUUCCUUUAUGAAUCAAAAUCAUGAACCAGUAUGGGCCAGCAAAGAUAAUACCACAACAAAUACAAAAAAUACAACAAAACAAUCUUCAAAUUAUUCCACAAAAUCACAAAAGAACUCAAAUCCCCCACCGGUGGCCAAUACACACAACACAACAAGUGCACGAAAUCCCGGAAUCGGACAGACAGCUGGCAACUCGGGAACAUUUAGUAUGUUUGUGGAUGAAACAGAGUUUCCAACGUGGGAUGAUUAAAAGUAAGACCAAUGCUCAUCCCCAAACCACAUUUGUUUUAAGUAUUAUUGAUUAGAAAAAUAAAAAGUCAAAACAAUGGAACAAAACAAAUCCCCCCCUCCCCUCCACACAAUCCUACAAAGUAAAUAAAAUCUAUAGAAGAAGAAAAAUAUAACUAAAAUGUGAGAGCAAUGCUUAGAAUUAUUCAAAGUUAAAAACAACAAAAAAAAAUUCCAUAAAAAAUAUCAAAAAAUUUGUGUUAAUGAUAUUUAUUAUAGUUUACUUUUUAUGUAAAUAUUUGGAGUAUUUAUUUAAUUAAAAAUAGAAAAACAAAAAAAAACACUCAUUCACAACAUUAUACAUAUACUAUGUAUUUAUAAAUGUAUAUACCUAAAAAAAACUUAGUUAAUUUAAAAAAAAUAUAUACCAGGUCAUAUGGAAGGAUUUUGAUGUGUUUGGGUUUAAAAAAAUAUCAUUAAAUUUUGGCUGAGCCAAUACUUAAUAACUUCGGAUUCAAUGGAAAGUACUUUAAAACAUUAAAUCGAAUCAUAUGACCUAAAAAUGUUAUCACUUUUCGUUUUUUUGUUUAAUUUAUAUUAACUACGUUUUAUUACAAAAUAAAACGACAAUUUUACAUAUUAUACACUUAUUACUAUAUAUAUACAUAUACUUAUAAAUAAUCCCCCGACAAAAAGUCAUUUUCAAUGUAUAAUUGACUAAAAACUUCAACAAUUUAUUAUCUACACAUAGUUAAAUAAACUAAUUAUACAUUUUUUCUAACUAAUUACAUGUUUCGGUAAACAAAAUGGAUUGUUUUAUAUUACACAGAAUCUUAAAGUCACAGUUUUAUAUUUAAGUCAUAGGCACGUUCUUAUAUCUUUACUCUAUAGUCCACUUUUAUUAUCCCUUACUUUAGGAAAAUUGAUGGACAAAGUUCACAUUAUCGGGUUCUCAUUAUUACAUCUUUCCCAUGGCAGAAGAAUACAGGUAGAUGCAUGAACGCUUGGGAACAUUGAUACGUCAAAAAAUUUUAAAUGUCUUUUCAAAUAUAAGUAUAUUUUUAUAUGUUUUCUUAUACUACGUCAUUCGGAGGCUAUUAUAAUUCGCGUUUUUCAACAAUUUUUACAAAUUUAAAUAAUUUUCAUUCAACAUUUUCAAUUCCAAAAUUGGUUUGACAGUUCAUUGUCCCAGCAGCUGUGUCGACGCGUCUACCUAUAUUCUUCUACCAUGCAUCUUUCCCCUAAAACAUAUGCAAACUUUACCGAGAUCUGGCAAGCUUUUUGUAAAAGUAACUAGUAGUCACUGCAUGUAUUCACAGUGGCAACUUCAUUUUAAUUUAAAAAUAAUA